AUGAGCGAAUCAAGCGCGUUGAGUACUAGUGUUAAGGACACAAACAAAUGUGAUUCUUCAAAUUAUGAUAAGGAAGAACUAAUUGAUAUCAAUAAGAGUUUUAUAAAUAUAGAAGAUGAGAACACAAAAGAUAUAAAGAACUAUAUGAACGAUAAAACAUCCUUUAUGAAAAGAAUCCAAACAUUUAAAGCAUGGGUUAGAAAACCAGCACAUUUAUCUUCUUUGAUAUUAGCUAGAAAUGGAUAUGUAUGUCAAGAUGAAUUUGUAAUAAGAUGUGAAAUAUGUAAUUGUAAAUAUAUUUAUGAAAAAGAUACAUAUUCAAUGUAUACCCGCAUAAAUGAUUUAUGCUUAUUACAUUUAGAUAAUUGUCCAUGGAAAAAUAUUCUUAUGGAUUUAAGUAUUUUUGAUUUAGAUUAUAAAUCAUUAAGAAAAGAGGAAUUACUUAGAGAAUAUGAAGAUAAUAUAGUAUCAUUAAGAAAUAAUUUAUUAUAUGUUCCUUUUAUUAAUAUAAAAAAGGCUUUGAAUGAUUUAAUAUAUAUUUUAAAAAAAUAUUUAGAAAAUAAUAUGAAUAAAAAAAGGUUUAGUAUUUUUGAUCAUUAUGUUAAAAUUUUCAAAGAACAAUAUAUCGAAAUUUUUUUAAAUAAUAAGAAUAUUAUAGAUAAAGGAAUUGAGAUAAUUAGAAAUAAAUAUCCUUUAUAUGAAAAAUAUAUUGUGGACAUAAAUUAUCUAAAUAAUUUAAAUUUUAAUAUUAACAACAUUACCACUUUUAUAAAUAUUUUAUCUGAUAUAUGUUUAGAUGAUUCUUUUUGUGAUGAACAAGAUGAUAUAAAUAUGUAUUUUAAAAUUAUUCAAAAAUUGAAAAACUAUCAAUAUGAAAAUAUCAAUAUUUUUAAAUUGAUGGCAUUAUUUGGAUGGUCAUAUAAAUCCCAUGAUGAAGAACAUGCACAAAUACUUCAAUGUAAAUAUUGUUUUAGAGAGAUUGAUAUUGUUCAAUAUUCCUAUUUCUCUUUAAAAGAAAAUAAACUUUUUUUACACAAAGACUUAUUUGCUUCUCAACAAAAGGAUGUGUUACAACAUAUUUUGAAAAGAAAAAACAUUUUAUUAGAACAGAGGAGGAAACAAAAUGAAAAGGACACUUUGGAAUUUACUUCAGAGCAUAUUAUACUUAGUAAAAUGUGCGAUGAUUUGAGGGAGACAUAUCAUAAGUGUAUUGAAUUAAUGAGGGAUAAUAAAAAGAAGGAACAUGAGCAAAAUCAAGAAAAGGGAAAUAAUGACUUAAAUAAAGAAGAAAAUAUGGAUAAAAAUAAUAAUAUAGAAGAAAAUAAUAAAAAUGAAAAAUGUAACCCAAGUGAUGUAGCUAGUCAAUCUGAUUCAUGUCAAGAGAAUGUCGAAUAUUCACAAAGUGAUGGAAUAACAAAUAGUGAGUCUAAUAUUGAAAAUUCUCAAAAAGAACAAGAGGGAUUUUCUUUUAAAUGGAAAUUGAAGAAUUUAUUUUCAUCACAAAUAGUUCAACAGGGUGUAAAGGAUAUAUAUAGUGACAAAUUAUCUUGUGAAGAGGAUAGAGAACAUAUAUUGGAAGAUAUGAAGGAGAUAAUAUUUUCACAUAAAAUGGAAAAUAAUAAAGACCAUACUAAAAAUAAUAAUAAUAAUAGUAAUAAUAGUAAUAAUAGUAAUGAUGGUGAUAAUAAUAAUAGUAAUAAUAGUAAUGAUGAUGAUAAUAAUGUGGAGAAUCACUUAAAAGAGUGCAUAGGAGAAAUGUGUUUAAAUAUAGGUCCUUAUCUAGAAAACCAGAACUAUUUUAUUAAAUCUUUAUAUGAUUAUUAUGUUUUGUUAACGCCAGAAAUAUCUAGCACUGACAAAAAUGAAACUGAUAUAAAAAAUGCUUUUAUCAUUAGACCAUUUAAUGUUGUUGAAAAUCAUAGAAUAUAUUGUCCAUAUAUAACGGAAGACUUAUAUUUAUUUUCAAAAAUAACCAAACUUAUUUUUGAAUUGUUGAUAUUAGAAUUUGAAAGAAAAUAUGUAUUCAAAUAA